AUGUUGGUACCACGCAACCAGAGUGAACCAGCUAGUUGCAGUGAACAUACAGUGGGAGACACAGUUAUCGUCCCAUUUAUGAUCCUACUGGCUUUUCCUAUAAUUCUGAGCAAUGUCCUGAGUCUGGUUGUAUUUCUAGGUUCCAAGAAUUUAACACAAACUCCUCAAAGUUAUCUGAAAGCCUCCCUAGCCCUGGUAGAUCUCAGUGUUGGUAUGCUAGUGGUCCCUGAUUCCAUCUACAGUCAGAUCACAUUAAGUACUAGAGGGACCCCUGGUAAGUUGAGAAAGCCUGAGGGGACACUUCCCAUUUUCCAGCCUUGUCUGCUGACUGGACCAUUUGCCAGCUGCACUUUUAUCGCCGUCACCACAAUCUUCCCGCUGUACAUCUUGAGAAGCAUCACAAUGCUGAAGCACUUGCACAAGAAUUUGCUUAUCACGAUGAGGAGAAUGUGCUCCCUGGUCACCUUGUCUUGGGUUAGUUUCUUCAUGCCAGUGGUCUCCGGGGAUGGCAUUGUCGUCCAGUGUAGCCCUUCCUCUAACUUAUGCAUCUAUAUAUUCAGCAGAAGGAUCCAGAUCUUGGCUUAGAAGAUCACAUUCCUCUUCUCUACCUUCAAUAUCUUCCUCCUGGGUGGCGUGGUGUUCAAAGUGCUGACCUUCUCCUCUAUCCAUCAAUUCUGCAGACAUAGAGAACUUUUAGCUGAAUCUGAAUGCACUUCUCAGCCCCUCACCAUUACCCAGCCAAAUAUCUGCUUUUCAGACAUCACUGCGGCUAAAGACAUUGUGAUAAAGGCAGCCCUUUCAAAGUGUGGUAGGAUUCAUGAUCUAUUUCAAGACUAA